AUGAUUAUCACCGACGCUCAAAUCAUUAUCGUGCAUCAUCGUCAAUCCACAAAUGCAUCAUUUACCUAUAAAAAUCGAUCAACAUAUAUUUUACCAUUGGGAAAAUUAGAUAAACUUACAGAUAAAUAUCAACUCAAACGAGUAGUGGAAGAAAAUCAAUACGAACAACUUCAUAAACAAGGUAAAUGUGAACAUUUUCAACCAUUAGCUAUUUAUAGAUAUUAUCAUACUCAUAAUCAAACAUCUAUGGACGUACUCGAUAACUUGAUCGGCUAUGCCAAGGAAGUAACAAACUACACCAUUGAUACCGAAGACCAAUUUCAACCAUCACCUCAAUCAUCGAAACAAGCUUUAUUACAAAUUGAAUAUGUUUAUGAAAAUAAUCCAUCAAUUUUAUUAAUCAUUGAAGUGAUGCAUUUGCCAAAACGCAAUGAGCCAACAUUUAUUAAAAUUAAACAAUUAUUAAAAAUUAUUUUUUCAAAAUAA